AUGAGUGGUGUGAUGUUAAACUUCUAUGAUCUUUUUGGUAAAAGUAUAGCCAAACUACCAACAUUGGCUGCAGUGUUCUAUCCCGAGGAAGAUGCAACUGGAGUUAUACCUACCUCUAGAUUUCAGAGCAACCCUCCUUUUGAGGUUAAUUCAGUGGUGACCAUCAAUUGGAGCAAAGAUUUGCAACUUCCAGCUCACAUAAUUGCCUUAUCAGACUGCAGACAAGAGCUGGAGGAUGCCAUUAAGAAAUUUGAACAAGCUAUGGAUGAGAGGGAAGAAGAAGCUACUUGCACUCCCCCUAAGAAGAAAAAAAAGGAGCAGAAGAAAUCACAUCCAAAAGAGAAGCUAAAAGCCAAGGAAGACAGUGGUAAAGGCAGACCAAAGGCCAAGGUCUUGAAGGAGGUGCUACAUCCAAACAGACAGAAUGACACAGUCGGGGGGCGUUUGAUCUAUCCAGGGUAUAACUUUCCACAGGAAAUCCAGGAUAAGAUAAACAAUUUCCUUACCCAUGGCAACAGUUCACCCACAGAGAAGACAUGCAUGGUUGCUGUCCUUCUACCUACAAGUCAAGGAGGAAAUGAGGAUGCUCUAAAGGAAAAUAUUACACCAACUCACGAAACCAUCAACACACCAAAGAAAACUUCCCCAUCAACAGCACCAGAGACAACAACUCCAAACAUAAUUACAACACCAGAAGUAACCUCCCAGUUCAUGACAGCAGAGGAAAUCUCCGUGUCGACAACUGUCGCACCUGACAGAAUCCAUCCAACUGUGACACCAGAGGGAGUUGUCCAUCCAUCAACUGCACAACCAAAGGCAAUCUCCCAAUCAACAUCAACAGUUUCACAGGGAACCUCCCAACCAGCAACCGCACAGGAAAUAUCCCCAUUCACAACUACAGCAUCUCCGGGAAUUUCCCCAUCAACAACAGCAAGGUCACAGAACAUCUACCCAUCAACAACCAUAGUGCCAGAGGGAGUCUCUGAAUCAACAACCACAAUAUCACAGAAAAUCUCCCCAUCUUCAACCGCACAGGAAAUCUCCCCAUCAACAACUGCUGCAUCUCAGGGAAUUUCCCCAUCAACAACAGCAAGGUCACAGAACAUCUACCCAUCAACAACCACAGCGACAGAGGGAAGCUCUGCAUUAACUACCACAUCACCAGAGAAAAUCUCAACAAUUUCCGAGACACCCAAGAAGCAGCCAUUAGCAGUUUCUACUCCAGACCCAGAUUCCUUGAGCACCUCUCUUCCAGAGCUCAACCUGUCUGAACUCCCAGAACUUCAGGAUUCUUUUGUUGAUAAACAAUACCAGAUGAUGCAGACAGUCGAGGAAACCGGAAAGACCUUAAGAAAGAUUGAAGAGAGUUUAGCAGAGAGGACCUUAAGGAGGAUUGCAGAUAGUGUAGCAGAAAGGACCCUAAAAAAGAUUGAAGAGAGAUUAGCAGAAAUCAAAAGCCAACUAAGACAGACAACCCCAUCUCCCACAGCACCAGUGACAAAGAUUGCAGAUAAAGCUACAUCCACUCCAACAUCACCAGUGAAGAAAAAGGCAGAUAAAGCUACAUCAACUUCACCAUCACCAGCGACAAAAAAGGCAGAUAAAGCAACAUCCACUCUAACAUCACCAGCUACAGAGAUGGCAGUUAUAGCUACAUCUACUUUCCUGGCACCAGCUACAGAGAUGGCCGUUAUAGCUACAUCUACUCCCCCGGCACCAGCUACAGAGAUGGCCGUUAUAGCUACAUCUACUCCCCCAGCACCAGCUACAGAGAUGGCCGUUAUAGCUACAUCUACUCCCCCAGCACCAGCUACAGAGAUGGCCGUUAUAGCUACAUCUACUCCCCCAGCACCAGCUACAGAGAUGGCCGUUAUAGCUACAUCUACUCCCCCAGCACCAGCUACAGAGAUGGCCGUUAUAGCUACAUCUACUCCCCCGGCACUAGCUACAGAGAUGGCCGUUAUAGCUACAUCUACUCCCCCGGCACAAGCUACAGAGAUGGCCUUUAUAGCUACAUCUACUCCCCGGGCACCAGCUACAGAGAUGGCCGUUAUAGCUACAUCUACUCCCCCAGCACCAGCUACAGAGAUGGCCGUUAUGGCUACAUCUACUUCGGCACCAGCUACUAAAUCCUCAACUCAGCGUCCUAAUGUCUCAUCCCAAACUCCUUCUAUAUUUGCAAACAUUGAAAUCCUUGCGAAGAGUGAUGAUGCUGCAACAUCAAAGAAGACAAGUACAGAUUCCUCAACCGCAGCAAGAAGUAUUGCCAAAUCCAUUUUUGCAAGUGUUGAGGCCUUAGCUGCCAGCUCAGGGAAAGAAGGAACAUUUGGUUCAUCUACCCAUUAUCAGCAAGAUACACCUGCAGUUCACAAAGAAAGGAUACCAUUAAGUACAGUGGACUUCCUGGAGUUGAGAUCAAUGGAGAAUUGUGAGAUUGUUGAGAAUGCAGAUUUGCCUGAACAAGAGCAACAAGAUUCAAGUGAAUUUGAACAGAGUGACUUGAGCUCCUCAUCUGAGACAACCAAAGUGACCAUUUCUAAACAGGAGUUUUGGGACAUGUCUGUCAAGUCCAUUAUGUCCUGUAAAGUGAAGCAUGCAGAAGCACAAGGAACUGUAUUGCCCCCAUAUCACAAGGACCACCCCACAUUCCUCAGUAUUGUGCAAGAUGCUAAAGGCAUUCACAAUGAAAAUCGCUUACAGUUCGCCGCAGCUCUCUUCCGUGGAAUGUGCACUGUGCAAGAUGUCUACAAGAAAAACAUCAGCGGGAAGUUAUACUGCAGUGGCCGUUCAGAGAAAGGACGUGUGAAUCCUGAAAAAAUCAAAGACAUUAAGGAAAUCUGCAUGCGCCAUUUCCCAAGCACACCAGCUGAGGAAGAAAAAAUCAAAAAGACAGUAGUCCGAGCACUGGAUAAAGCAAAUUGGAAGUUCCAUAAGCAUAUUGCAGCUAACUUCAACUUGGAUGCCAUACUUUAG